GGGGAAAGUGAAUUGCGCCUAUUGGGAAGGUGUAUAUUUAUAUAUAUUGUAUUUGUGUGUGUGUAUAUAUAUAUAUAUAUAUAGAGGCGUGUGUUCUCUGUGUGUGUGUGUGUGUGUGUGUGUUUGAGAGGAAGUGAUAGAUAGAGAUGCUUAGGACAGUGGGGAGAAGAGCGGCUUGGGCUUCAAAUUCAUGGAAGCCAUGGGGAAUUGCAGCGAGUCCAGUUCAAAUUGUUCAGAGAAAGGACUACUCUUUGGGAGUCCUUCCAGAUGAUAUUGAUCGGAAUUCCGAGGCUUUUUCUCGCAACUCCAAGGCCAUGGAAUCCUUAAUGUCUGACCUCCAAUCCCAUAUCAAUAAGGUUCUUGCUGGAGGAGGACCAGAAGCUGUAAAGAGAAAUCGGAGUAGGAAUAAAUUCCUCCCCAGAGAGCGUAUUGAUCGCCUGCUGGAUCCUGGUGCUUCAUUCCUUGAACUUUCUCAGCUUGUAGGCCAUGAAUUAUACAAAGAUCACUUACCAUCUGGUGGGAUUGUUACGGGAAUAGGACCAGUUCAUGGAAAACUUUGUAUGUUUGUGGCUAAUGACCCUACUGUUAAGGGAGGGACUUAUUAUCCCAUCACUGUUAAAAAACAUCUUAGGGCCCAGGAGAUUGCUGCUCAAUGCAAAUUGCCCUGCAUAUAUCUUGUUGAUAGUGGAGGUGCUUUCCUUCCCAAGCAGGCUGAGGUCUUCCCUGACAAGGAUAAUUUUGGUAGAAUUUUCUACAAUCAAGCAGUAAUGUCUGGUGAAGGCAUUCCUCAAAUUGCACUGGUUUUAGGCUCUUGCACCGCUGGGGGUGCAUAUAUACCUGCAAUGGCUGAUGAAAGCAUCAUGGUCAAAGGAAAUGGUACCAUAUUUCUGGCAGGACCCCCAUUAGUGAAGGCUGCUACUGGAGAAGAAGUAUCUGCAGAGGAUUUAGGGGGUGCUAGCGUCCAUUGCAAAACAUCAGGAGUUUCAGACUAUUUUGCUCAAGAUGAACUGCAUGGACUUUUCCUUGGGAGAAACAUUAUUAAAAACUUGCACAUGGCUGGGAAUGGUGGUCUGCUGAGUGGCUUGCAAAAGAUAAACUCUGAAUUCAAAGAACCAUUGUAUGAUGUAAAGGAACUUCGUUCUAUUGCACCAACAGACCAUAAGCAGCAUUUUGAUAUCCGAUCAGUUAUUGCUCGCAUUGUGGAUGGAAGUGAAUUUGAUGAAUUCAAGAAAUUGUAUGGCACUACCCUUGUAACAGGUUUUGGUAGAAUUAUGGGACAGCCUGUGGGAAUUAUUGGAAACAAUGGGAUAUUGUUCAAUGAGUCUGCUCUGAAGGGAGCCCAUUUCAUUGAACUAUGUACUCAACGAAACAUUCCUUUGGUUUUCCUUCAAAACAUCACUGGAUUUAUGGUUGGCUCAAGAUCUGAGGCAAAUGGUAUUGCAAAAUCUGGAGCAAAAAUGGUCAUGGCAGUUUCUUGUGCCAAGGUCCCUAAAGUGACCAUAAUUGUUGGUGGAAGCUUUGGCGCUGGAAAUUACGCAAUGUGUGGUCGAGCAUAUAGUCCAAAUUUCAUGUUCCUCUGGCCAAAUGCCAAAAUAUCUGUGAUGGGUGGUGCACAGGCUGCAGGUGUGCUGGCCCAAAUAGAAAAGAGCAACAAGAAAAAGCAAGGAAUUCAGUGGAACAAGGAAGAAGAGGAAAAUUUUAAGGCAAAAGUGGUGGAGGCAUAUGAGAGGGAAGGAAAUUCUUACUACUCCACAGCAAGGCUUUGGGACGAUGGGAUUAUUGAUCCAGCUGAUACUAGAAAGGUUAUAGGCCUUUGCAUCUCUGCUUCAAUGAACCGUGGCCCUGAAGAAACCAAGUUUGGUGUAUUUAGGAUGUAAUAACAGAAUUAUUACACUUUUUAUGAAAGUAAAACCAUCUGCAAUUAUUAAAUGAAAAAUAAAACGCAUAUUUUUCUGCUCGUUAAA